AUGAGUAGUCAAUUCGGGGCCGCGCCAAUUAAACUCUCGGAGUAUCCACGCCGACCUGAAAUUGGACGAAUUGGUCGCCAGAUUCGUGUUAAGGCAAACUUUUUUGAAGUUUUACGACUGCCAGAUGCGAAUGUGUACCAUUACGAUGCUGAUAUAUCCCCUACCGUGCCCUCUUCCCUAAACCGUAGGAUAUUCGAACAUUUUGUAAAAUCUGAAUCUGGAGGCAUACUCGGGGGAAUUAAACCAGUAUAUGAUGGUAUUUAUCUAUUUUCCAUCGAAUAUUCUCUUUUCAUCUUAAUUGAUAAAAUUCUUAUUAAAGGUCGUAAAAAUCUAUAUACUAUAAAACAAUUUCCGUUUGGUGACGCUAUUACUCAUCAGAUUACGUUGCCCGAAAACCUUGCUGCUUCGAAUUCAAAAAAGCCUCCACGUACCUUUACUAUCAAAUUGAAAAAAGUGGCCGAAAAAAAUCUCGAAGAAGCAAUUCGUUUUGUUCAAGGAAAAUGUGCCACCUCAAGCAAUAUAAUGUCCGCAAUCGGAGCACUUGAUGUUUUAAUAAAUCAGGAACCCUCAAUGAAAUUUACCACUGUUGGUCGUCGUGCUUUUUACACACCUGAAAAUUCUAGUACUUUAUCUGGUGGUGCUGAAGUAUGGCAGGGUUAUUGGCAAUCAUUGCGACCAGGUCAAGGCAAAUUUUUUAUCAACUUUGACACGAGUGCAACAGCAUUUUAUGAAGCAGGAAACGUUGCUACCUUAAUUGCUAAAAUUCUUGGUUGCAAACUUGAGGAGCUUCGGACGGGUUUUACUUUAAAUCAACGUCUUAAAGUUGAAAAGACACUCAAACACUUAAAGUUCCGGGUUACCCAUCGAGGUGUUAAUUUUCAACGUCGAUUUAAAAUUAAAAAAUUAUCGGAGAAUUCGACACAAGAAACACACUUUUCUAAAGGCAUGAUAUUAAAAUGA